AUGUUCAGGUUAGGUUGCAUCAUGAAAAAAGUUUGUGUUCUGUGUGGGCGAACUGCCGAAGUUAGUCAUAUGAAGUAUAUGUCCACUGCAAAAAAGAUGAACCUUAUAAUGGUUGGUUGCCUUUCUCUGGUGGGAAUUGUGGAUCGGAAGAGCGUUAAUGGAGUGGUUGAAACGGUUAGCCAGAAGAACAGAUUCCUUUGCCACACACAUGUGGUAAAAGCGGCCCAGUACCUGUCUGCUCAAAUGGUGGUUUGUGGAAGGCGUUUCUCAUACUACCACGAUCCCUCUGCCGGAAAAUGGGUACCAUACCUCACCACUGGGGAUAUACCGCAACAUCAGGUUGAAAUAAUCAACGGGAUGAGUGAUGGCAAUGUUACGAUCAAUGCAUGGGAUGUGAUGUCAUUCGUGAAUGACGCUCUGAAGAAGUAUCAUGGGAGUGCUUGGUGGCCUGAUCACUAUGAGGAAGAGGAGGCGGGGUGUGAGGAAGAAUAUUCCAAUGGCGAUGCAGAAGAGUCUGACUCUCAUUCUGAACCAAGCGCCUCUGUCUCUGAACCGGGCGUUAAAGUCGAACUGGAGGAUGAAGGAGAUGUCGACUCGUAUGACAAACGUGAAGAAAAAUUCGACGUUUCACAAUCACAUCACAGUACAACCCACAGUUGCGAGGCUACGAAUGUAAAUACCAAGUUGGAGGUGUAA